CUUAUAUGUAUUUUUGCGCCGCCGUUGAAAUUAUUACCUACUACCACCGCCCCCAAUCGCAGCACCCAUCACCACCACCAGAUUACCAUUCCUUCCUCACAGCAACAAUUUCAACCUAUCGAAAACAGGAAACACUCUCCCAAACCAGCUGCGCCGACUUCCCGUCAGCAACCGUCCGAUAGACAUGGCGGCAUCAUCAUCGCCGUCCGUUGGGACCGCACCUAAAUGGGCUCAGAAGACUGUUACCAUACCCGGAAAGAGACGAGGCUGCCAUGACGUCACCUCUCAGAUUCUGAAGGAGAUUGCGACAGACCUGUCAGGCUUUAAGUGUGGCCUUGCCCACUUCUUCUUGCAGCAUACAAGUGCUUCCCUGACUAUAAAUGAAAACUAUGAUCCUGAUGUCCGACAUGACACAGAGACAUUUUUAAACCGAAUAGUUCCGGAGGGAAGUUCUGCACCAUGGAGACAUACUCUGGAAGGUAAAGACGAUAUGCCUGCACACAUUAAGUCGUCUAUGUUUGGCUGCUCCCUCACGAUACCCAUCACAGAUGGAAGAUUGAACACUGGAACUUGGCAGGGUAUAUGGCUGUGUGAACAUCGUGAUGCUCCUACUCCACGCAAAGUCGUGGUUACUCUUAAUGGGAUGUAAGAGUUUGCAUUCUGCCAAACACCUUUUCUAUUAUCUGGUGAUAAAUUUGCUUUGUAGUUAACUGUUUUCCCUCGAACAAAAACUGUUUUCCCUCGAACAAUAUAUCUAUAAAUCUCGACUCUCACUUAUCUCCUUACUGAGUAAAAAUUAUUUAUUAGUGAUUUGUGGGUGUUGAAUAGAUUGAAGCUCACAAUGAGCUUGCCAUGAUUUAUCAAAAGGAGAUUGAAGAAUGUUUAACAAUGAUAUGUGGUCUUAUUAUUUUUUAAUUAACAGUCUCG